AUGAAGUUCCUCAAGGUCGGCCGCGUCGCCAUCAUCACCCGCGGCAGGUAUGCCGCUGACGGAAAGAACAAAACAAAACAGGUUGUCAUCAUCCAGCCCAUUGAUAACGGCAACAAGCCUCACCCCUUCGGCCACGCCGUCGUCGCCGGCAUCGAGCGCUACCCCUCCAAGAUCACCCGCCGCAUGUCCAAGGCCCGCCAGGAGAAGCGCUCCAAGGUCAAGCCCUUCAUCAAGGUGGUCAACUACAACCACCUGAUGCCCACCCGCUACACCCUCGAGCUCGAGGGCCUCAAGGGCACCGUCUCGUCCGACACCUUCAAGGAGGUGUCGCAGCGCGAGGACGCCAAGAAGACUGUCAAGAAGGUCCUCGAGGAGCGCUACAACAGCGGAAAGAACCGUUGGUUCUUUACCCCUCUGCGCUUCUAA